UAUUUUCUUAUAAUUUUAUAUUUGUUAUAGUUAUAAACCAAUAAGACUUCAGAAAUGUAGUUAGUGCUUUUAAAUUUUACAAUUUCUCAUUAUUAAUUAACAAAAAAUAUAAAAAUGUAUAUUUAGAAUGUUUAGGAACAUUGAAAUUCAAGUUAUAAAAGAAUAGAACAAAAUUAUGUUUAGAAUGAAUAUUUAGUUUGUUGAUGUGUUUUUUCAUUGUGUUUCUCUGCAAAAUGAUAUUUAUUAUUACAAAUUUUAUGGCAUUUUAUGUUUAACCGCUUAAUGUGUAAGAAAGUUUUGCAGUUCCAUAGAAGAUUAGUUGAGCACAUUGGCAUCAGAUGUAAUUCAUUUCUGUAUUAAAACCACCUCGUAAAUAAAUACUAACCCCAUCUCCAAAACAACAAAAUUUUGGGAAUAAUGGAAAAAAUAAAAUUACGUGAUUUUUAGGAUUAUAUUUAUGAAGAUAUUUGAAAAGGAUAAGAAACAAAAGACACGUGGAAGAACCGCGGAGGUCGUUGGAAAUAGAGCGGGUUUUGUUCCGAUAAACCAAACAACGACGGUCUGAAACGAAACGGGUUUUAAAUAUCUCUCCGCCGUCUUUUCGAUCGCUCUUUUUUUUUUCUCUCUCUUUUGCAUUUUCAACGGCUGUCCGCGACCAAACCCACCUUCCAAGGUUCUCUCUCUCUCUCUCUCUCUCUCUCUCUGUCUCUGUCUGCUUUUUCGUUCCCAAAAGCUUCAUCUUUGGGGCAUCUCCAGGUUCCCGAGUUUUCCUUUUUAUCGGUUUUGUUGGGAUUAUUGGAAACUCAACUCUACACGCAAUACUACUACUCCCCUUUGGUUGUUUGUGUGUUUUUAUAAAGUUUGAUACUUUAACCGUUUUUUCUUAUUAAUGGGGUAUAAUCAGCCUGAUCCAGAUGCUCUUCGUUGGGGUCUCCUCGAUCUCGAAGUGUGCACCCUCACAAACGCUGGCUCUUGCGGCAGCGUUACGCGUUACGAGACAGAUGAUGCUGCUGUCGCUCAAGGCUACGUUAGAGAAGGUUACAACCAGCCUCUCACUGGUUAUGCAGACAACGAUGCGGUUAUAGCUCAGUUUUACCAAGACGAGUUGUCUAGAGUUGAACGAGCUGAAGAAGAGUCUCAUCUGAGGCUUAGUGAUAAUCCUAGUCGGAUCUCUGUUGUUUCACAAGAGUGGCCUCAUCACCCUCUUCAAGGGGAAGCUAUUGAUAUUUCUCGUGAAAGUGACAUGGAGGAUAGGAUUCAGGGAGAGCAGAGUGCUCCAGCUCGUGGUGAUGAUGAUGAGUCAGAUUGUUCUGUGGAGAUAGAGGAAGAGUCUUGGUCUUUGGAUUCUGAGGUUGGCAAGCGAAUGAACCAAUUGAUACCUAUUGCUCAUGUGCCGAAAAUCAAUGGGGAGUUACCGUCAGAGGAUGAGCAGGUUUCUGAUCAUGAACGGCUCUUUCAGAGAUUACAGCUUUAUGGCUUGGUGGAGAACAAGAUAGAAGGAGACGGAAACUGCCAGUUUCGGUCACUGUCAGAUCAGCUAUACCGCUCUUCAGAGCAUCAUAAUUUUGUCAGAGAACAAGUUGUUAAUCAGCUUGCGUAUAAUCGAGAGAUGUAUGAAGGUUAUGUUCCAAUGGCGUACACUGACUAUCUUAAAACAAUGAAACGGAAUGGAGAAUGGGGUGAUCACGUUACUCUUCAGGCUGCUGCUGAUUGGUAUGGUGUUAGGAUGUUUGUGAUAACUUCAUUCAAGGAUACAUGUUACAUUGAGAUCUUGCCUCAUCUGCAGAAGUCUAAUCGCCUUAUAUGUUUAAGCUUCUGGGCUGAGGUUCAUUACAAUUCAAUCUAUCCUGAAGGAGAGCUGCCGGUACAGGAAGGCAAGAAGAAGAAGAAAUAUUGGGUUUUCUGAGCUCUGAUGGGAGCGUUGAUGAAGUCUGAAUAAUAUUUAACAUGUUUAUUCUUGUUGCUAACUUUAGUUCUAGAGAGCAAUAUGCUCUUGUACAUUACUUAGACUUAUAGCAUUCUCAUUUGUUUUGUUUUUAAGAUUUACUUUUAUAGGUGUGGUAAUAAAUAAAUAGAGGAAGGUUAUAGCUCUUUGCUUACCAAAAAACUUAACCUCUAUACUAUUCAGUA